CGGACCGCGCCGCAGCCGCCAUGGCCGAGACCGCUCCCGUCGCCGCGCCCGAUGUCGCCGCCGCCGCCCCGGCCCCGGCCAAAGCUCCCGCCGCCAAGAAGCCGAAGAAGGCGGCGAGCGGCUCCAAGGCCCGCAAGCCCGCGGGGCCCAGCGUCACCGAGCUGAUCACCAAGGCCGUGGCCGCCUCCAAGGAGCGCAAGGGGCUCUCGCUCGCCGCGCUCAAGAAGGCGCUGGCCGCCGGCGGCUACGAUGUGGAAAAAAGUAACAGCCGCAUCAAGCUGGGCAUUAAGAGCCUCGUUAGCAAGGGCGUCCUGGUGCAGACCAAGGGCACCGGCGCCUCCGGCUCUUUCCGCCUCAGCAAGAAGCCCGGAGAAGGGAAGGAAAAAGCUCCGAAGAAAAAAGCUGCCGCAGCCAAGCCCAAGAAGCCGGCGGCGAAGAAACCCGCUAGUGCCGCCAAGAAGCCCAAGAAGCCGGUGACAGCGAAAAAGAGCCCCAAGAAAGCCAAGAAGCCGGCGGCCGCCGCAGCCAAGAAAGCAGCGAAGAGCCCCAAGAAGGCGACAAAAGCUGCCAAGCCCAAAAAAGCGGCGGCGGCAGCGAAGAGCCCGGCUAAGGCGAAAGCGGUGAAGCCCAAAGCAGCCAAGCCCAAGGCAGCUAAGCCCAAAGCAGCCAAGGCAAAGAAGGCAGCACCCAAGAAAAAGUAAAUGGGUGCGGAAAAAAACCCUGUCUGCAUUGCAGAUAAACCCAACGGCUCUUUUAAGAGCCAC